AUGCUGGAUUUCUCAGCCUUCGUUCCGCGUGACCCCUUCCAUCAGCUCACGGUCACCCUCUGUAUCAUUGGUCUCUUCCUUGCCGCCGUAUUUGCCAUUGCUCUCAGACCGAAGAGCAAAGGACAAGAACCUAGCACUGUCGAGGCAUACCUGAAGUUCAUCUAUGGCUGCUUCUUGAAGCCGCACACUGGUGAUGGGUCUGGAAGCCAGCAAGACGCUCUUAAGGAACAGGAGAGCUUCUACAAAGCACAGGCUGAAGUCUACGAUGCUACCCGCACUAGACUCCUUUGCGGUCGCGAGGAUAUGUUGGGACUGGUCGCUGCGCAACUGAAACACCGCGCUGAAGCUGGUCUGAUAUCACAACGCCCUGUUUGGGUUGAUAUUGGUGGAGGAACUGGUUACAAUGUCGAGCAAAUGAACGCUUUCGUCCCAGUGACGAGCUUCUUCCGUUCAGUUUAUGUCGUCGAUCUUUCGCCUAGUCUCUGCGAAAUGGCACGCAAGCGCUUCGCCCGCCUUGGGUGGACAAACGUCAAAGUCAUCUGCCAGGACGCGCGUGCUUUCCGUCUGCAUGAACACGAGCCACAAGCUUAUGAAAACAAAGAGAAGGUCUCUCAAGGUCAAACUGUUCGCGACCUUGAUGAGAACGCUGAUGCUGGAGGAGCUGAGCUCGUCACCAUGAGCUACUCUCUAAGCAUGAUACCCGAGUUCUAUCCCGUCAUUGACUCCGUGGGCAGCCUUCUAAGCCCUAAUGGCGUUUUUGGUGUCGUUGACUUCUACGUCCAAGACCAAGUGGACUUUAGGGGCAGGAACUAUAUCGGUGGUGCCAUCGACCGUCAUUGCAUGUGGCUCUCGCGAGUAUUCUGGAGAGAAUGGUUCGCUAUCGACAGAAUUUCACUAGGCCCUGCACGAAGAGAUUAUUUGGAGUUCAAACAUGGCACGAUCCUAAGCAUGAACGCCAGAAACAACUUCUUCAACACUGGUAUCAAGCUACCUUACUACAUCUGGAUCGGAUGUUCAAAGGACCAUGGUGCAUCCACACAAAAACUCGCCAAGAUUGAUGCUGCUGCUACAGAAUCUCCAUACCUCAAUGCGCUUGACCUUCAAACCGGAGCUGCACCAAGCGAUGCAGAAGUUCACUCCAAAGCGUACGAAUGCGCAGUCGUUAAUCUACAAUCUAGUUUGCCUCUCCCAUCAGCAUGGUAUCAAAACCACCACUGGCGCAUUCACUACGACUCUUCUCUUCCCAAGCACACUCGUUUCAACAACUCGUACAUCUACGCGUUCACCUGGGAAGAUGAUGUGGCUGAUAUGCGACUUCUUAAGCCAACUUCGAACGAUGUCGUCCUCGCAAUUGGAUCUGCUGGUGACAACAUUCUUGCUUUCUGUCUAGAGAACUGCCGUCGCGUCCAUGCUGUGGACCUCAACCCGUCGCAGAAUCAUCUACUCGAGCUCAAAGUCGCUGCCUUCACUGCACUCGGCUACCAAGAUGUCUGGAAACUCUUUGGUGAAGGCAAGCACCCCGACUUCCAUAACCUACUCAUCCAGAAGCUCAGCCCGCACCUCUCCUCAGACGCGUUCCAAUUCUGGGUCCAAAAUGGCCCUUCCAUCUUCUCUUCUUCGUCUUCCAAGGGCCUCUACUACUCUGGCGGCUCCGGAAAUGCCAUUGCAAUCGCCGGUUGGCUCUUCCGUCUCCUAGGAAUGACUGCCGACGUCAAAGCUCUCUGUGCGGCGCAAACUCUCAACGAGCAGCGUGAAAUCUGGCAACGCAGCAUCAAGACCGUGCUCCACUCCAAGAUCCUCACCUAUGCCAUCCUCGGUAACGAGAAAUGGUUGUGGAAAGCACUCGGUGUCCCCCCUGCCCAACGCGACGUCAUUGAAGUCGACUUCAAGAAGACACAAGACUACGACGAGGCCAAAGCCACAAAACCCAAAGAUGCCGCUGCAGAAUACAUGGCCUUCCACGAGGAACCUUCAGACGAGGAACUCAAGUCUUCAAGCGGUAAUGCAAUCUACGAAUACGUCCUCAACACCUUUGAACCCGUAGUCAACACCACUCUCCUCAGCACCUCAAACCACUACUACCUGCUCACUCUGCUCGGUCACUACACCCCUACCUCGCAUCCCACCUACCUGUCCCCCAAGUCGCACGUCAAGCUCUCCAAGCCCGGUGCCUUCAACGGUCUACGCAUCCACACCGACGAAAUCUCAGAAGUGAUUUCGCGCAUGCGACCUGGCACUCUGACCAUCGUCGUCGUAAUGGACAGCAUGGACUGGUUCCCACCCAACGGUACUCAAGCACUACGUCAGAUCCGCGCGCUAAAUCGGGCACUCAAAGUCAAGGGCCGCGUUAUGCUGCGUAGUGCGGGCCUGGAGCCAUGGUACAUCAAGGUCUUUGCCGAGUGCGGGUUUACAGUUAAGAGGGUAGCGGUCAGGUUACCGGGCACGUGUAUUGAUCGGGUAAACAUGUACGCAUCCACCUGGAUUUGCACAAAGGAAGUUGAUCUUGUCAAGGAGAAUGGCAUCAAGGCAGGUGCGGGGUUGAGGAAGGCGUCGUUGGCUGAGUUGGAGCUUGAGGCCCCUGCUAUGCGUGUUGAGUAG